AUGGGAAUGUGGGAGGAAGCGAGUGACCCAGUGAUGGGGAAGAAGGAUAAAAAUGAGGAGCGGAAGGAGAGAAUCCUGAAUCUCACACUGGAGAUUAUCUAUCUGCUGACUGGAGAGGGCUACGUCAUCCCUAAGAAGAAGAGCCCAACUGUGGGUUUGGGGGCCCUGCAUGCCCCUGGCUCCGUCAUACAGAAGGAAAAUGACAAGAAGAUCCUGGAACUCAUCUCCAACAUCAUCCAGCUGCUGACUGGAGAGGUUGCCAUAAGGUGUGAGGAUGUUUCCAUCUAUUUUUCCUUGGAGGAGUGGGAGUAUAUAAAAGGAAACAAGGCCCUUUACAGGGAAGGGAUAAAGGAGGAGGAGGAGCCCCAGCAGCUCCGCCCACUGGCAGCCUGUGAGUAUAAAGAUGGGAGCGAUGUUACAGCACAUACGGAAGCAACUUUAUGUUGUAAUAAUGAUGGGAAUCUCACACACCCUGAUGUUUCUCCAGCGGAACAGCCCCCACCGGCCAAUGGGAUUAAAGAGGAAGAGGCUUCAUGUGAAGGGGGAAACCAAUCAGAUUGCAGCAUUAAUCCCCUUACAAAACAGAUACAGGGAACAGACACGCCUACUCCUAUCAUGGGGAGCAGCCUGAAUAACAGCUCGGCAGUUAAUUAUGCAUCAAAUCAUAUUAAGGAGGAGUUAAUUUCUUCAUGGGAAGGGGCAAACCAAUCAGAUUGCAGCAUUAAUCCACUCACAGAAAAGAUUGAGGGAACAGAUACACCUACUCCUAUCAUGGGAUGCAGCCUGAAUAACAGCCCUAUAAAAAUGACGUGUAAUAAAUACAAUGAAAAUGCAGCUAGGUCCCCACAUAAAUCUCACUCAGCAAAGAACCCAUCCAGCCACAAUGAGCGAAGCUUUGAUACCCAUCAAGCAAUCCAAACAGGAGAGAAACGAUUCCCUUGUUCUGAGUGUGGGAAAUGGUUUGCUUCCCAAAAAUAUCUUAGUUUCCAUCAGAGAAUCCACACAGAAGAGAAACCUUAUUCCUGCCGUGAAUGCGGGAAAUGUUUAUCAACGCAAGCGAGCCUUGAUCGCCAUUACAGAACCCACACACGGGAUAAAGAUUCCUUUUGUUCAGUGUGUAAAAAAUAUUAUUCAAACCCGUCGUUUCUUAGAAUCCACCAAGAACGAGCCCACGCAAAAGAGAAACCAUUUUCUUGUUCGGAAUGUGGGAAGCGCUUUAUUAAUGAAACGGAACUCACUGUCCAUCGGCGGCGGACUCACACAGGGGAGAAACCAUUUGUAUGUCCUGAUUGUGGGAAAUCUUAUUCCAGCACCACAAACCUCACUAUCCAUUACAGAACCCACACAGGGGAGAAACCGUAUCCCUGUCCUGAUUGUGGGAAACGUUUUGCUACUUUAUCAUCUGCUACUACACAUCGACAGAGAAUUCACACAGACGACAAACCGAUUUCCUGUCCCGAAUGUGGGAAACGUUUCAUUACAGUAUUUGAACUCACUGCCCAUCAGAGAAUGCACACGGGAGAGAAACCUUUUUCUUGCACUGAAUGUGACAAAUCGUUUGCACGUAAGGGCAGCCUCAAAACACAUUUUCUGGAAAUUCACGCAGAUUGAAACCCAUUGGCUCCUUGUCAUCGUGUGGAAAAAGUUGUAAACUUUUGUUUUUUUACAUCAUUUAUAUCCUGUUCAUUUUCAAAAUACUUGGCAAUUUCGACAAAUAUAAAGGGGCUGUUUAUGAACGUU